AUGUGGAAGUAUGGCUUGCUAGUGCUCUUGGGCACAGUGUUUGUGCGCGCGCAGUUUCCGAGGGAAUGUGUGACUCCAGAGGGACUUCGGAGUGGUCAGUGUUGUCCAUCCCCGUUUGGGGUCGCGAAUGACGACUGCGGGUCCGCUACUGGACGUGGACAGUGCAUUUCGAUAGCGGCAGACGCAAGUGCACACGGCCCCCAGUACCCCCACGAUGGACGGGAUGACCGUGAACGUUGGCCCAUCCGCUACUUCAAUCGAACCUGCCAGUGCAACGGGAAUUUCACCGGUUAUAAUUGUGGCCGUUGUAGGCAUGGAUUGGCCGGGUUAAACUGUGACCAACCGGUUGCUGUUGUCCGGAGAAACGUGAUGCAGCUCAGUGCGGAUCAGAAGCGAGCUUUCGUGACCGCGCUGGACCAGGCCAAGCGCGCGGUGCACCCGGACAUUGUAAUUGCUACGAGGCGGUACCAGGAGGUAUUCGGGCCGGAUGGAAACACCCCGCAGUUUGAGAACAUCACCAUCUACAAUUACUUUGUGUGGACCCAUUACUAUUCGGUCAGCAAGACCUUCUUAGGGGCCGGCCAGCCGAGCUUUGGCGGAGUCGACUUCUCUCAUGAAGGUCCCGGUUUUGUGACCUGGCACAGGUUUCACCUGCUUCAACUUGAGCGUGACAUGCAGGAUAUGCUGCAAGACCCGUCCUUUGCCCUGCCCUACUGGAACUUUGCCGUUGGUGGAAGCACAUGUGACAUCUGCACAGAUGACCUAUUGGGAGCGAGGAGCAACCUCGAUAUGAAUUCCAUCAGCACCAACUCCAUCUUCUCCAACUGGAGGGUGAUCUGUGAGAGUGUGGGGGACUAUGAUACACUGGGGACCAUCUGCAACAAUACUGAGACCACCCCCAUCAGGAGGAACCCAGCUGGAAACGUGGCCCGCCCCAUGGUGCAGCGUCUCCCUGAGCCCCAGGAUGUGGCAGACUGCCUGCAGGUGAACACCUUUGACACCCCUCCCUACUACUCCACCUCUUCAGGGAGCUUCAGGAACACCAUCGAGGGCUAUAGUGCCCCCCAGGGAAACUACGACCCAGUGGUACGGAGCCUCCACAACCUGGCCCACCUGUUUCUGAACGGGACAGGGGGACAGACCCACCUCUCGCCCAACGACCCCAUCUUCGUGCUUCUCCACACUUUCACAGAUGCCAUCUUUGACGAGUGGCUCAGGAGGCACGCCCCUGAUUUGGCAGUCUAUCCUUCAGAGAAUGCCCCCAUUGGUCACAACAGCGGGUACAACAUGGUUCCCUUCUGGCCUCCAGUGACCAACGCUGAGAUGUUUCUUACAGCCCCAGAGAACCUUGGCUACUCUUAUGAGGCCGAAUGGCCAGCUGCUCCUUUAACUUUGACUGAGAUCAUCACCAUUGCCAUCGUGGCGGCCCUGGUCGUCGUCGCUGUAAUCUUUGCUGCAACCACAUGUGCCGUGCGCUCCCACUCUUACAGCAAACUGGAGGGCCGCCAGCCCCUGCUGGGAGAACAGUACCAACGCUACGACGACGACAAAGGCCAAUCCGUGGUCUGA